UUAAGCACUUAGAGCUCAGGUUGGACAUAAUUGAUAAGUUUGAAUCCAGACUUCAUGAAAUGACUAAUCUUUAUCACCAAAGGAUGGAAUGGCUGAUGGAAGGAAGCAGAAAGAUGUUCGGGCUGGUGAAAGGUUCUCGGGUCGGUCUGCUUAUUGAUUCCUCUGCUGCAAACUGCGGACUUGGACGACUGCAGGACUUUCAGACAGCUCUCCUGUGUCUACUGGAUGAACAGCUCUGUUACAGGAAGCAGUUUUAUUUCCUAUCCUUUGGUAGUGACCUCUCCUCACUCUGGGAGACCCCACGGAAUGUUAACAUUCGCACCCUGGAUGAAACCCGGCAGUGGGUUCAAGAUCUCCAGCCCAGUGGGAGCUGCAAUCUGUUAAAGGCCAUGAAGAGAAUAGUGAAAGUGAGGAAGCUGAAUGCUCUGCUCAUUAUACUGGGGACAUGUCCUGAUCAGACUGCAGAAAUUUUGGCUGACUAUAUGCAGCAGUGCAUGCUGGGAAGGUAUCUGCCUAUCCAGGCUGUCGCUUACAACUGUAGCCAUUAUAUGACACAUGCGACACUGAGGGCACUGGCAGAAGUCUCAGGAGGACGCUACCAUUCAUACUUCACAGGCCAUCAGACACAGAGGUGCUGGAACAGCGAUAUUGAGGCCUUGAGGAAGGAACUGCAGCAGGCCAGUGACGUGCUGGAGAAGGUACAAGAGAUGCGACAGGGCCUGAUGGGAGACACUCUCAGUGAGGUUAUGGAGGAGAUUUCAUCUGAAGUUGCCAAGAUACAGCCCACUCGAUUCCUACCCCAGCCACCCAAUCAUGAUGGACCUCUCUGUAUCGAGACCUCCAGCUUCCUUCCCAAGACCUCUGCAGAUUGGCUGAGGCAAAACAGCUUGAAAGCUAAGAAGCUCAGUCUGUACCAAGUGUUGGCACCGAAUGCAUUCUCACCACUGGAGGAAUUUGUGCCGAUUCUUCGCAAGACCGUGUCCUCGACUCUACAUGGGAAAGUGAUGAUGCAGCUUGAGUGGCAUGAUGGGACAGUGAAAAAUGUGCAUGUGGAUCCCCCUUUGUUAUAUGAGUAUCAGAAACAGCUUGGUCGAGCUAUGAACAGAUUUGAGCGUAGGGCUGACUGGCUGUCCACUAGUAGCAGAAGGAUGUGGGGCAACGUAUGUGAAAAGAGGGUGAUGAUAUUAGUGGACACCUCACUCUACAAUUCAUUGCACAUUAUCCACAUCCAGCACUCCCUACGCCUACUGCUUGAACAACAGAUGACGAAUAAGGAAAGAUUCAACCUCAUAGCGUUUGGUUCUGAGGUUAACCAAUACCAGCCCCGCAUGGUGUUAGUCACACCAGAGAGGCUACAGGCUGCCUGGAGAUGGGCCUUAACUCUGCAGUGCAAAGGCAGCCGGAAUCUCCUGGGUGCGUUGAGAGCAGUGAUUGAAAAUGAUCUGAGUGAACAGUGGGAUCCCUGUGGCAUGUACCUUCUUACCAGUGGAGUACCUGACCAGGGGAUGGACAUGGUCUGUUCUUAUGUCGCUGAAAUCUGUGGAGGUUGUGACCUGCAACUCCACGUCUGCCUUUUCAGCCUCGGCCACGUCAAUCUGAGCGGGACGGUGCCUGCGCGUUACGCCUCUCCGCAAGAGACAGCGUGCAUGCUGCGGGAACUGGCUCAGUCAGGGCGGGGGAGGUUCCACUGGUUUCAGGAAACAGGUAUUAUAGAGAGUGACGACAUUUGCCUUAUAUUGGCUGAAAUGGAGAAAGCUGCCAACUAUUCACAGAAGUGUGCUGUGCUGGUCGAGUCUUUAAGGAGACGCACGGUGAAGCAGUCCCAAGGACCACCAGUCUCGGGGGACAGUUUGAAGACGUUGGUGAAAAGGGAGAAUCGCUGCCCUCAAAAGCUGCUCUUUCCAAAACCCACGGCACUGACCCUGGCCAGAAUGCAAGCCAGAGAGGAAAGUGGUGAAGAAACCGGUUCAGCAGUCAGAGCCCUGACCUGGCGUCCAAGCAGUGGGAAAGCAGUCAUCCCUCCAGCUCAUUCUGAAAAGAAGUGGAUUCACACCUCUGUGGAAAAUCACACGAAGCAGAAUAAAACAGCGAAGGUUUCAAAGUCGAUGUUUUACACAGAGGAUGGGAAUAAAGUCGGUGCUGUUUAUCAGAAAUACCCCAAGAUGAAGAGUAUGAGGAAGACCAUUCCCUUUGUAUAUCUGCCAAAAGAAGAGGAGAUUUGUUCGACCUCACUGUGGUUACAGAAAUUUGGUAUUAAGAAGCUGAGAUUGGAUCUGCAUAAGCUCAUCUCUGGCCUGGACUGUGUGCAUAAGAAGCAACUGGUGAGGACUUUACACAAAAGAGUCUCUGCGAAGUAUUGUGCAGCCUUCCCCAGAGUGGAGAUCAAUGGUGUGGUGAAGCACCUACAGUUACAUCUCCAUGAGCUGGAAGAAUAUAUUGAACAAAUGGAGCGAGUCUUGUGUCGAUACCUGCAGCGAUUGCAGUGGCUACUAUCAGGAAGCAGGCGCUUAUUUGGAACAAUCCUGGAGAAGAGAGUCUGCAUUUUGCUGGACACCUCGGGCUCGACUGACCCUUAUUUGCCAGCACUGAAAAAGGAGCUCACUUCCUUGAUCUGGGAACAACUGAGGAAGAAUAGCCACAGCUUUAACUUGCUGUGUUUUGCUGAGCAUGUUGACACUUGGCGGGAUUGCCUGGUGGAAGCUACAGAUGAAACAUGUCACGAAGCUGUUCAGUGGGCCUCAGGAGCCAUUGCCCAUGGAAAUACUUGCACCCUGGAGGCCUUACAGAAAGCCUUUCAGUUUUUGGAUGUGCAGGGGAUAUACCUCCUGACUGAUGGAAAGCCAGACACCAGCUGUAGUCUAAUCUUGAAGGAAACUCAACAAAUGAACCAGGGACGAGGUGUCAAAAUUCACACCAUUUCCUUCAACUGUAUAGACAGCACCGCAAAUGAGUUCCUCAAAAAAUUGGCAGCCCAGACCAGAGGCCGUUUUCACCAUUGCCAUGGAGAUGUUGAUGGGCAGCUGGCAGCACACAAAAUGCUAGCAGGAGGAUUUUCAGAUGAAGACGAUCCUAAUCUUCCUGCAUUUGAGGGAGACGAUUUAAAGAGACUUUCUGGGGAAAUCAAUAAAGCUAGACAAUUCCUAACACAAGCUAAAUCCUUCAGACACUUACUUUUGGAAAAACAAAUGAAACCAGAUCAGACGGUCCCUGGAACUUAGAGCACAGCACUAGUUGGUGAGGACAAAGCAGAAUGAAUUGUAAUCAUUGUCUCCUGAAUUCCAUCAUUAGAGGAAGUAUUACUUUAUCUAACCUAUCAAAUCUCUUUAUCAUGUUAAAUACCUCGAUUAGAUCACCCCUCAACUUGUCUAAACUCAAGUGAAUACAAGCCAGGUCCAUGCAACCUGUCCAUUAUAAUUUAAUCAUUUAAGCCCUGGAUGGCAGGUAUCAUUUUGGUGAUUCUGCACUGUCAAUAUGUCUUACAUUCUCACUCAACUCUAGGUAGAUCCUCUAUUCUGACACUUCAGUGCAGUACUGAGGCAGCACUGCACUAUCGAUAAUGUGAUAUUUCAGAUGAGACAUUAAACUGAAGCCCUGUCUGUCUGUUCAGGUGGACUGUACAAGAACCCCUGGCUCUAUUCAGAGAAGAGCAGGGGAAAUUAUCCCAAUCACCUGGCCAACAUUGUCCCCUCAACCAAAACUAACUAGUCGGUUACUUAAAGUGGUAGGAUCUUGCUGCAUGAAAGGUUGUUGGCUACAUAACAACAGUUACUGUGCAUCAAAUACAAUUCCUUCUGAAUGGAGGCUCACAUCUAAUGGGACCUGGUACUAACUUCACAAACGAUGCUUCGAAACAAGGAUAUCUGUUAGAUUUGCUCGACAAAUUUCCAGGCACUUCUUCAUGUGAUUUCAUGUUACAUUUUAAAAUGUUUUAUUUCAUACUGAAUGUAAUUUCUGUGAAUUACAUGAAUAAUUUACACUCUGAUUUUGUAGAUGUGUGUCCUUUAAUUCCUUAAUGAUUUGUAAUUUUUUGUACAUUUUAUG